AUGAGUGCUUACUAUUUACAAUCAUUUCUUUCUCGUUUUCCAAUUAAUCAAUAUUUAGAUAUGAAUGCAAAAGUUCAACAUUGUUUUUUACUCGAUGGUAAAACAAUUCUUCCUAUUGAUUACAAUCAUCAAUUAUUUAUACCUAUUAAAAUACUAAACACUACUGAAAAUAAAUAUUGUUCAUGUUAUCAAAAACAAUAUCGAUCACAUUCAUGCAGUCAUUAUUGUCAGCAAUCACUUGAUGAAAAUAUAAAAACAACUAAUAUCGCCGAGAGAUUUAAAGGUACUCGAUUAAAUAUUGAAUAA